AUGCUGUUGCUCUCCCUGGCCAGCACAGCAAUCCCGUUUAUUGUCACAUCGGGUAUCAAGGCAAGCACGGGUCCCCAAUAUCUCCCAGAGGACACCUGGAGCACCAACUUCACCUAUAACCCGUCGGACACCACUCCCGCAUUCACGUUGCCAGCUCGAGGGAACUCUACCGUGGUACUCACAAAUCUAUACAACUCAAUCAAUGAUAUUCAAUAUUGGUUGGGCUCUCCUGAUGGAGUGGAUUUCAAGGUCUUGUCUACGGCGACAAAUACAACGAUUUGCGGAGUCAAUACCAACUACCUCGGCCCUGUGCCAUGCGAUCACCCAACACCCGGAACCAUCUCGCUCACUCGCCAACUCUACACCUUCUCAAAGAAUGACACCCCAAGCUGUGAACCGACCUCUGAUGGCUGCGAAUUGAUGUCGAUGAGAACGGCCUUGGCGAGCUGGGCGGACUAUACUACCAUCUUCGAUACUCCAUGGACAGUCAUGUACAAUGACCAUCAAGGCAAUAGCAUUUCGAUCGCAAACGUCUCGGGAGCCCCUGGCACGGCAAACUCUUAUCAGAACCUAUAUCUCGCCGAAAGACCUACGACUUUACUUGUCGGUUAUCCAGAGAGCAACGGCGUGUCACUCAUGGCCACCUUCACCACAGCAAGUUUUCAGACCGCACUCGUUGACGAUUUCACGCUCUGCAUGGAUUCCUACCAAAUCAUCGGUUCAGGCAAUCCAUUGUGUCAGUCUAUCUUUAUGGCGUUAAAUGCCUCGGCUCACACCCCGCCACUGAUCGGGAAUACUGCCAGUAACAGGGUCACGCUGGUGUAUAAUGCGCCCUCGGCCCUUUCUCACAACUCGUCCCAUAUUACUUGCGUUCUAUACGAAGUUAAUUUACCACGACCGGAACAAGAAAACCGAGCCGUGCACAGGGUCUCUUGCCGCGAGCUCCGUGUCGCGGUCAUGACAAACACUGGAGCAUUUCCCAGUCCAAGGUAUCCCCACUACGCCAUGGCGACGAUUUAUAAUGCCAUGGCGCCAAACCAGGUUGAUUACAAUCUGAUGUUACAGUUCAAGGACAGUAGCUCCAACAGCCCGUUCAGUCCCGAGUCCUUUGAUGAUGUUGCGGAUCAGGUCGUCGACUUGUUGAACAACAUAACCGAACGACUUUAUCCGUUUGCGGCCAACUACUCGGCCGUUGUACAGCGGAUUAACAUUUACCCCGGGAUCUCCUUCGAGCAUUGGUCGUUUGUGUUUAUGGGCGUUGUGGUGGGGAUCGCCGCGGUGAUUUAUGCGCUGGAUAAAAAGAUGAACGAUGAGUUCUCCAGGAUGGAUGUCGUGAAAUUGAUCGAAAAGACGACCAAGACGCCUUCUAGUGAGAAAUUUAUGUAUCCACGAUGGAAGUUGGUUCAGGAGGGAGGAUUGUAUCGUGUGUUGCUGAGGGAACAGGAGGUUGGUGUCGUAAAGACCAGCGAGCUCGAAAAGCUGAAGGACGAGGACUACGAUUAA